AUGGCAACGAGGAAUCGGACGUUGAUAUUUAAGAAGUAUAGAGAUGCAUUAAAGAGCGUUAGGGGUCCAUCGAGCUCAUCGACGUCGACGAGCUCCAGCGGAGGUGGUGGUCCGGUGAUCGAAUUGACUAGUACUUCGCUUCUCAAUCCUAAUCGGAAAUAUACUGCUCUUAGUACUGAAGAUCCCGGUAAUUCAAGUAAAGGUGCACUUACAGUAGGUUUACCACCAGCUUGGGUGGAUGUAUCCGAAGAAAUAGCAGCAAAUGUGCAGCGUGCACGUACCAAAAUGGUUGAGUUAGCUAAGGCUCAUGCCAAAGCUUUGAUGCCUUCAUUUGGUGAUGGUAAAGAAGAUCAACGGACAAUUGAGGGUUUAACCCAAGAGAUAACUGGUCUUAUAAGGAAAUCAGAGAAGCAACUAAAAAGACUUGCAGCAGCUGGGCCUUCUGAGGAUUCAAAUGUUAGAAAAAAUGUGCAGCGUUCCCUUGCUACUGACCUUCAGAACCUUUCAAUGGAACUUCGCAAGAAACAAUCAACUUAUUUGAAGCGCCUCAGGCAACAAAGAGAGACUCAGGACGGUGAUGAUUUAGAAAUGAACCUAAAUGGUGGUAGAUCAGUAAUGGAUGAUGACAAUUUUGACGACAUUGAGUUUAAUGAGCAUCAGAUGGCCAAGCUGAAAAAGAGUGAGGCAUUCACUGUAGAAAGGGAAAGAGAGAUCCAACAGGUAGUUGAAUCAGUAAAUGAGCUUGCUCAGAUUAUGAAGGACUUGUCAGUACUCGUAAUAGACCAGGGUACUAUUGUUGAUAGAAUAGACUACAACAUUCAGAAUGUGGCAAGCACAGUUGAGGAGGGGCUUAAACAACUGCAGAAGGCUGAGAGAACACAGAAACGAGGGGGAAUGGUGAUGUGUGCCACUGUGCUCAUUAUCAUGUGCGCUGUCAUGUUGAUCCUCCUUAUCCUCAAGACGAUCCUCUUUUGA